AUGGAGCUACCACGCGUACGUUCUCCGCCAGUACAGGAGAUCCCGGCAGAGACGGUAUCUUGGCCAGUUGACUGGUACGAGCAUUCCAAGUUGGAUGAUUCCAUCGACUGUAUCAGAUUGAUACGUCUGUCGUGCGCGAGGGUUAACGGAGAGGUUUCGUGUACUUUGGAGCAGGUGCCCUUUGCCGACAGGCCAAAGUACGAAGCGUUAUCCUACUGCUGGGGGGAGCUUCCUGUGGUUCAUACAAUCUUAAUCAAUGGAAAGAAGUUCAAAGUUGGGCAAAACUUGUUUCAUGCUCUCAACCACUUCGUCGAUGGCAAACACGACCGGAUACUCUGGAUCGAUGCUAUUUGCAUCGAUCAAACAUCGAUUGAGGAGAGAAAUUGGCAGCUGAGAUUGAUGCCAUUUAUAUAUCGACGUGCUCAGAAAGUUUUGAUCUGGGUAGACUGGGUAGACGGUAAAAGACAAUUUCCUGAAUCCGGUCAGAUUGCUCGUCGGUUUUCUAAUGGCUUUUACCUUAACAGCCCUUACUGGAAACGGCUUUGGAUCGUGCAGGAGGUUGGGCAAGCCCGGGACCUUGAGAUCCACUUCCGAGAGGGGUCUCAGAGCUGGACAAACUUUGUCGAGAAGCUCCAGAGGAACAAUCAUCACGAUGCCAGCCUACCCCAGCGCCUCCAGGAGGAGCGCGAGGACAGAUACGGCUCCUAUACAAUGCUCAACUUGAUGCGUAAUCAUAAAGACAAAUUCUGCAAAGAUCCACGGGACAAGAUUUAUGCUCUUAUUGGACUUGCCAGGGAUGUCAUGGAUAGCAGAUACCCCGUCAAUUAUAGUACUUCUUUAGAACAAGUCUAUUUUGACGCUAUUGAGUAUCGUAAUAGUGAUCCAUCACGGAGCCAGCACGAUAUUGUGGAAUUCUCUCAGCUUGCUCGCCAACUGCUGGGAGUUUUCCUCGACGGGAAAAGGGAAAAUACAAACAUAAUCGAAUCGCAUCUUUCAACAAAGAGAAACGAGACGGUUGGCUUAUCUAACUCAGUUCAGGUGUCCGCAAAACUCCUUGGCAGAGUUGUAUGUCUAGGGCCGACUGUGGAGGAGUUUUUGAGUAGUGCCAAAGCAACGGAGAAUUGGAACAGUCGCCUUCUCGAGCGUUGCGGCAAGGUCGACCAGGAAAUCGUAAGCAAGGAGAACGAUUUCUUUCUAGCACGUAUAGAGGAUUUCUUCUCCAACAGUCAAAAUAUCGUCGAAUCGUUUGGUGGCUGGGAGCCGGAGCGUUUCGACGUCCGUCAAGAUAGCGUCUUGACCUCCAUGCGUCCGCGUCCGCCGACAGAUGACAUCUCAACGGAUGUCAGACUAUGCCUGCUAUACCGCUUCCGCGAUAGAGAAGAAUCCAGUUUCUUAGCCCUCGUCCCACGAGGUACACAGCCAAACUCAGUGCUAUGUCAGAUAUCAGGGAUUCAACGUGCGAUUGUGUUGUCGCUCCAGGACCCCAUGAUUAGACUUAUUGGCAGUGCAGCUGUGUCGAUACCGGCUGGUCUUAUCGAGACAUGCAAGAUGGAAGAGGAGGACUUCGAGGGCAUCUUUCAUAAGCCGGAAUUUACUAAGCUGGAUCGCCAGGAUAUGAUCAAGUUGAAUUUGGAUCUGGAAUUUAUGCAUCAUUUGUCUAGACCGUUGAGUAUGGGCUCUAGCACUGAAAAGAGCUAG